UCGCCAAACAGGUAGUUACAAGGACUGGCUGACCCCGCCCCUCCCGCCUCGUCCCUCCCAGGAGUCUCCACGUGGCCUGUUUUGGAUGCGAGCUACCCACUCGCACAUUAUCCAUGGCUCCAUAGCAAACUUGGUUCUUAUUUGCAACAGGUUCCCCCGAAAGAUGAGAUUUUGCCAUUCCUGGUUAGAAUCUACGAAGUAAGGUUGAGAUGUCGGAAGGUCCCUCCAGGAUCACAGGUCCCAUUCCUCCGGAUCCUACCCUAUGUCCGGAUUAUUACAGACGCCCGCUAUCAGCCCGAGGAAGGCUGGAAGGAAACUCCCUGAAAUUGGAUUUGCUUCCUGGCCCCAUCCCGCCUGAGUUCAGCCUCUAUCCUGGGUGCUACAGCGCUCGCUGCUCACAACCUCCUCCACGGAUUAAGCCCAACGCCAGGGACAUCUUGGAGAAGGGACAAAAGGGCACCGUAGGAGUUCUCCUGAAGCUAGACGAGAUCUCCUUCUUUGAAGAACUGAGGCCCAAACGCAGGGAUCACAAAGACCACGAGAAGGAGAAUCUGAGGCGCAUGAGAGAGAUCCAGCGGAAGUGUCGAGAGAAAGAACAAGCUCGGCAGCUGAGUCAACCCAAGCCGGUGAAAGCCCUGUGGAAGUCCCAGAAGUAUGAAAAUGUGGAAUCCAAAGUCAAGGCAAAGUUGCAGCUCCCAGAAUUCUUGGUGGCCGAAUUGGUUGUUUGGGUUAAGAAAUUUGGUACUGUGGGGUCGUUAAGAACACAAGCGAGGACUCAGAGGACAGAAAACUAG